AUGCAUCGUGUUAGGGGCGAACGAAUACAAUCGUCCAGGGACUCUCCGAUCGCUCGGGUCUGCCAGGCUUGGCUGGUACAGUUCGCUUGGUUAAACCGACCUACCGACCGACCGACCGACCAACCGACCGACCGACCGGCCGGUUGGCAGGGCACUGAGGGCCGGGCGCUUCCAUCUGCCUAUUCUUCGUGCGUCCGGUCGGUGAUAAGUGUACUCUUGCAAAGGCCACCUCCAGCCGUACCCGCGGGCCAAUACAUGCGACCCAAUGUUGGCAUGGUUCGGUUGCGAAACACGUCAGAUCGAUGCAGUCUAGGUGGUACAGCUUUGGCAAGAGUGACCGAUACUCUUUCGGCGUCAGCCAUUCGGCCGAGCUCAACUUGCCUUAUUUGCAGUUGGCUUGUCUCGCAGUCGUCCAAGCAUUCUGCUUAG